UAGGUUACUAAGGUUACAUGGUCACCAAGUUUUACCCGAUGCACUGAAGCAUUUUGAGAAAAAUGGUGAGUUCUUUUGCUUUGCCGGAGAAACAAGUCCGUCAAUGUCAGCAACAUACAAUCUUUAUAGAGCUUCUCAGGUUCUUUUUCCUGGGGAAAUGAUUCUUCAGGAUGCCAAAUAUUUUUCGUUCAAAUUCUUAUCAGAGAAACGUGCGUCUAAUGAGAUAUUUGAUAAAUGGAUCAUCACAAAAGAUUUAAUUGGCGAGGUGAGUUACGCGUUGGAUGUACCUUGGUAUGCUAGUUUACCGAGAUUGGAGACAAGAUUUUACAUAGAACAAUAUGGUGGUGAAAACGUUGUUUGGAUUGCAAAGACACUUUACAGGUUGCCUAGUGUGAACAACGAGAUUUAUCUUGAACUUGCCAAAUUGGAUUACAGCAAGAGUCAAGCAGUGCACUCUGCAGAAUGGGAGAAAAUCCAACGAUGGCACUCGGAAACAGGACUGGAGGAAUUUGGAGUGAGUAAAGAGAGUCUUCUCCAAGCUUAUUUUGUGGCAGCAGCUUGCAUUUUUGAACCUGAAAGGUGGUUAGAGCGACUCGCAUGGGCUAAAUCCGUAACUUUGACUCGUGCAUUCAAGUUCCAUAUCAACCAUGAUGAAGCAAGGAAGGUCAUUCUAGAACAACUCAAUAACAACUUCAACAGACAAGACUUGUCAAACAGGAGGCUUGAUAAGAACAACAAAAACGAGCAACUUCUUGGGAUUUUGCUGAUAACUCUUGACUAUCUUGGAUUGGAGUUCUUUCAAAAUCAUGGACAGGAAAUUUCCCAUUAUUUGAAUCAAAUUUGGCAGAGUUGGUUGUUUAGUUGGCAAAAUGAAGGAAGCAGCUCCAAAAGAGAAGCAGAGUUGAUUGUGCAAACUAUAAAUUUAAUGGCUGGUGAUUGGUUACAAGAGCUACAGCUAAAUACUCAGUACCAACGAUUACUCAAAGCUGUUCACUGGUUUAUGCAGUUGCAAUUUUUCUCCCCCUAUCUUUGAAACAGAAUUCUUUACCUUUUGUAAGUUGGAAUCUGAAAACACUGACCUGUUGGAGCAGAUUUUGCAUUCUAUUUCUUUCGAAAUUCUGUAUCCAAAUUGAGUUCCCCGUUUCAUUUGUCCUUUCAUCAGAUUUGGGUUCUUUUGUUUUGAUCACCAAUUCCUCCAACGAAAAUACUGCUUCCUCUAGUAUAAACCAAGCCACUAUGUCCACUCCCUCUACUUCUGCAUCCGUGC